AUGAUGGCCGCUGCGCAUGAUCUGGACAACGCUUUCGACGACCAUCCGUCGGUCGCCGCCUCUCUAGAAGACUUCGAAGAGCAAGAGCGACGCUCACCUCUGUUCGAUCUUCCCUCACAGCACUCGGGCUUCAGGUCGGACAACGAAGGCUCCGAAAUGGAUGAUCAUUCCAGCGCAGGAGGUCCUUGGUCACCGCCUGGCUUCAAGAACCGCAAUGCGAACGCAAGCGGAUGGUUCCGACAAGACCCGUAUGGAAGGUAUAGACUACAGCCAUCUACUAGCCCUUCGAGGUCCCGACAACCGAGCCCAGAGUAUGAAGAUGCGCAAGAAGGCGACCCCGACAUCACCAUCGCUGCCAAUAUCCCGCUGCCUAGAGGCACCGAUUCUCCAUACAAGGAACGCUCCCCGGAGCCAGAAACCAAUGCACAAGGGCGGGAGGCCUUUGCAACUCCCGAACCAACAGAGAACCCCAAUAAUUACAUUCGCUUCGCCGUACGCGCCGAAGUCCAGCAUCGCGAACCCUUCGUGCCAAUCAUGAACUUCCUCUCCGAACAGUUCAAUCGCUUUACUGCCACCAAGGUUACAACCUUCUACAGCCUCUCGGUCCUUCUUCUUUCCGCCACGUUCCUCCGUCUACUCUUCGCCCCACCGCAGCCCACAGCUGUCCCCGACCUGAUCAAGCUCUCGACGCUUGCCAAAUCCUUCGAGCCUCUUAUCUUCUACUCGGAGAACGGCCACAGCCAAAUCACGACCCUGCAAGAAACCUCAGUUGCAGUAUGGGACCUGGGCGAAUCCGUUCGGCAGGCCAACAUGACUUCCGCGCCCUUGAUUGUUUCCUCCCUGGAUACUCUUUCAGACUCACUCAAAACCCUCUCUCUUGAGCUAACUCGCUUCUUCGCCUCGGUCGACUCUGAUAUCGAUGCGAUCCUCAUCGUCAUGGAUUGGGCACGGCGCGAACUGCUCACUCUGUCUCACCACCACGCGCAUCCUACGAUUAGCACCCGCACAUUUGACCGAAUACACGCCCUCCUCGAUCGCGUCCCAUACUUGCUCACCUCCACAUCAUCCAGCCAGCCUACACCCCUUGGAAAUCUUUUAAACUCCGCCUUUGGCGCGCCCUCACCCGCGCGUACGACCGCCACCCUCACCCGCACCUUCACCGAGCUCCUCUCCGUCCUCGAAGACGCCAUCGCCUCGGAGCUCACCCACUCAACGGCGCUGUUCGCGCUCUUCGAAGCCAUCGACCAUCAAUUCCUCAAUCUACAGCGCACAGUCGUGCGCGAGACAGACACACAAGAACGGCUGGAGUCGGAGAUCCUAGGCUCGCUGUGGACGCGCGUGGUGGGCGGCAACGCGGCGACGCUGCGCAAGUUCGAGAAGAACAAGCAGCUCCUGGCCACGGUGCGCGCCCGCACCGUCAGCAACAAGGUCCUGCUCGUCGAGCACCACGGCCGCCUGCAGACGCUCAAGGUCAACCUGGAGACCCUACGGCGCAAACUCGUGAGUCCGCUCAUCAAAAGGAACGAUAGUUUGGGGCUCUGGGAUGGCGGUGUCGGGAAUGGGAGUGAAGAGAUGUUGCUGGAGGGGCAGAUCAAGGGGCUGGAGGGCACGUACGAGCAUCUGCGAGUCGUGCGGGAGCAGCAGAAGGGGAAAUUGAUGGAGAUGAUCUAUGGUGCGGGGGUCAAGAAGGAGCGCUUGCUCGUCGUCGGGGAGGAUGGGCGUGGGCCUGGCGGUGGCGUGGGCGUAGGUAUUGAUGCGCGGUAG